GUUGGAGGACUGCUCGUCCUCGCAGGAAGCUUUGCUGCAGGAAAGGAUUAAGACAAGGGUGUGUAGUUGGGGGAAAGCAAGACACUUAUCUCUGAUUGGGCGGACCCUGGCAGUUAUGGCAUCAGCGUUCGCCCUGCUGUGGUAUGUUGCAGCGAUCAGAAAGUUUUUCUCCGACCCUGCUCAAAACAGCCAAGGCGGUGACCAGAUGCUUCGUUUGGAAGUCAGAAGGUGAUCCACCACGGGGCUUUAUCUCGAAGGUGGCAUGGCACACGAUAUGUGCCCCCAGAGAGGAGGGGGGUUUGUCCUUGAUAGACCCAGGGUCUCAGAACAAUUACUUGCUAGCCCGAUGGGUAGUCAGAGUUGCAGAAGCGGAAGAGGUGGGUGACUGGAUACUGUUGGCCGAAGCUCUGCUGGCCUCGGAUAGGAAGUUGGCCAGGCCUUCUGACGUUUGGGUGGUCAUUAUGACAAAAACCUUUGCAGAGAAACGUCCCAACUCUAGAUUUUGGCGGGACGUUCUGGCGGCGUGGAAACAUGCAAGGCCAACAGAAAGGAUUGCCCCCAAAUCGAAAGAAGAUGUGAAAUGCCAGACACUCUUCGAAAAUCAGUGGAUAACAGACGAUGAAGGCGCUCCCUUUUUGCUGGAAAGGAAGCCAGGAGCUUUUGGGCUAAGCUGGGCCCAGAAAGGUAUCUCCUUGGUUGGAGACCUAUGGGAUGCAGGCACAAACCAGUGGAAACCAGACGCACACCUCCGAGAGGUGUUGAGACAGCUCCCCUUGAAAGAAGAACGCGCACAGAAGCUUAGAGCAGCUAUCCCCGAUGAAUGGAAGUGUCUGCUGGGUCCGGAAGGGAUUGAUCCGCCAGGAACAUGGUACAAGUGGGACAAUGGCGAGGAAGAGUGGUACUGCAGACUCGAGAGCUGGUUUGAGGAUGGGUCAGGCCGCUGUUGGUUGGAGACGUAUAAACGGGUGAAGGCUUUCUCCCCCACGCUGCAGAGAGUGGGGAUGCACUUCCAAUAUGGACUGAGGAACUUAACAGAGGUAAGGGUCAGACUGCAGGAGCCUGAGGAGAGAGGCCUCCCAAUGGUUCUGCAGUUGGUGGCAAACGGGACUCCUUUAAAAGACCUGAGGAUCGACGCUGCAACAUGGGGAUGGAGGAUUAACGAGGAGCUGGCCACAGGACUGGAAAACCUCAGCGCAAAACUGAUCUCAAAGAAGAACGGGGAUAGUCUCUCCAACACGGAGAUUGUACAGCAUCGGUGGAGCAGGGUGAAUCCCUCUCGGAAACCCAGGCAGAAGCUACCUUCCUAUCACUACUGGCCACCGCAAUUCAAGCAGACUGGUCACGACGGGUGGUACAGGCAGACAGAAUGGAAGGGCGGCGCUGGUUCCAGGGAACCUGGGGCUUGGGCUUGGCCCACAUCUCCCCAGAAGGAAAGCUGGUCUUGGGGAAUUGGCUUACAGGUCGUCUUGAUCGUUCGAAUCAAGAUCAAGACUAGAUUCAACUUGAUCCCUGGAGGAUCGUCUUCUGUUAUCACUAAUAACAGGAAGCAGCCCCCCAUGUCGUCGUCCAGCCACAGCCUGCACAGCUUCGAACAGCAGGAGGCAGCGAGGAGCCGAGCGUCGCAGCAGCGGGAGGAUCUGAAGGAAGCGGCCGACUUCAGCAGGAAGCAGCCCGCCACUUCGUCGUUCAGCCAUAUCCUGCGCAGCUUUGAACAGCAGCACGAGGGAGCCGAGGGUCGCAGCAGCGGGAGGACGCGAAGGAAGCAGCGGCCAUAUCCAGAGAGACAGACAAUGGAAUUGGCAAUUGAAGCUUCGGUAGCCAUCACUGCGGCCAAGGUACAGGUGCUUUUGCGUAAUCGGGACGAAGUGGAUGCUUUUCAAGAGCUUGUAGAGGGUUAUGGCUUCUAUUUGGGCCUUGCGACGGAGGCGGCGGGUCGUGUUUGUGUACUAGAGAAGAAGCUUGUGCAAGUACAAGAUGACAGGGACACAGUGGCUGCGGUCCUCCAGCGGACUGAACGAACGAUUCAGAGGUCUCCGGACAUCGAUGCUCUGGAGGCGAAGGUCGAGGCAUUACAACAAGAUCUGGGCCAAAGCUACAAGGCAAGUGCAGAAGUGUCUCAGCAGCUCGUGCAGGCCAGCAGCCUUGCGCAGUCCCUUCGCGAGGAGUUGGAAGAGAAGAAGAAGGUCGUCGUGAAUCUUCAGGAAAGCCUCGCCGUGGCCGACGCCAAGGUUGAUUACCUGGAGGGUGCGCUGAAGGAAAAGACAAAUGCCGUAGAGCUGACAUCAAUGGAGGCAGAGGCAGCACUAAGGGAGAGGAUCGAAGUAGAGGAGAAACUUAGGAUUGCGGAGGCCGAGAACCGCAGCUUUGUGGAUAAGCUGAUGGAGUUUAAGUUGAAAGAGGCGGAAAAGAUCAAUGAACUCAAUGCCAUGUACGAAGAUAUGGUGAAGCAGUUCCAAAGGACCCAACUCCAGGAGCUAGCAAGGAGGUCGGUCGAUGGCGUUGUGCGUAGAAGUGAGGAUAUGGCAGAGGAUUUCAUGCCGUCUGGUCUUCCAUCGGGUGUGAAGAGUACGACACGUGUGCAUGACGGGGAUUGCUCUUCGGCUGUAUUCGGCUAUAGAAAUGGAAUAGUACUGACUGGUGGAAUGGACCGGCAGGUGAAAAUGUGGCACGUGGACAACAUGUCCGAGAAACAAAAACUGCGCGGGUCUCUGGGGUCGAUUAUGGAUAUCGCUAUCUCACUAGAUAACAAAGGGGUGCUUGGCGCGGGGACCGACCAUAAGAUCAUGUUAUGGGAUGUGGACUCUGGGAGGGAGCGACACGUGCUCACCGGGCACACGGAAAAGGUCUGCUCAGUGGAUUUCAGCAAAGCAGACAGACGCAGAGCCGUGAGCUCGGCGUACGAUCGCACAAUCAACGUCUGGGAUUUACAUAGAGGAUAUGGUAUCCAGACAAUCUUGACGCACAGCAACUGCAAUGCCCUCUGCCUCACUCCAGAUGGUGCAAUGAUCUGUACCGGCCACACAGACGGCCACUUGCGCUUCUGGGAGAUGAAGAAUGGCGUGCUUGUGAACGAGGUGCCGGCGCAUUCACGAGCCAUCACGAGCAUCUCAGUAUCGCAGGGAGGAACGUCCAUUCUCACAAACGGACGAGAUAACGUGUUGAAUGUGUUCGAUCUUCGAACAUUCGAAGCCCGGUGCACACUCCGAGCCCCUGGGUAUUUAGCCCCUUCCAAUUGGAGCAGGGCAUGUAUGAGUCCUGACGACAAGUACAUUGCCGCAGGUUCCUCCGACAGUAAUGUGUACGUCUGGUCUCACACCACUGCCUCCCUUGAGCGAGUGCUUCGAGGGCAUACCAGUCCGGUGUUCGCAUGCGCAUGGUGCGACCUUGGCCGGCCACUUGUCUCUUGUGACAAAAAUGGCUUUCUUCUUGUGUGGGAAUGACUCCGCAACAUGUGAUCAGAAAUCAAUCACAGCAGAAAGGAAAUGGAGAUUGGUGGUUUCAGGUUUCAUCUCAGAAGUGUGCAUCAUGUGUAAGAGUGACAUUUUUUUGUGUGUCAGGGAGUAGCAGGUCGGAGGUGCCUGUUGAUUGUUGCCUCGCGGAAGGCAUGCAGGAACCAAGCGGAAGGCGUGCGAGAGGGCAUGCGGAAGGCGUGCAAGAGGGAGCGCAGAUGAGUUUACUUACGUGCGAGAGGGCGCACGGAAGGCAUUGGAAAGGGAGAGCGGAAGGCGUGCGAGAGGGGGCGUGGAAGGCAUGCGAGAGGGCGCGCGGAAGUCGGGUGAGAGCCCCGUGUAAGGCAGGCGAGGGGCCCCGUGGAAGGCGGGUGAGGAGCCCCGCAGAAGGCGGGUGAGGGGCACUGCGGAAGGUGGAUGGGGAGCCCAGUGGAAGGCGGGUGAGGAGCCCAGUGGAAGGCAGGCAGAGUCCCGCAGAAGCCGGGGGAAGCUGGGUGAGGAGCCCUGCGGAAACGGAGCCUAGGAGCUCCACCAAUGGCAGCGAGGAGAAAUAAAAAAGAACGGGGAACAAGGCUGGCAACGAGGAUGGCGACGAAUGUCAGGGGGAGGGCUCAAAAAAAUUAGAAAGGGGCCUGUGAAGGAAGGAGGGCAGCUUACUCUCACAAAAUUUUCCGUGUCUGGGUGCAUCAGCGAGAGGAGUUCAGGGCAUGGGAGGCUGGGCUAGUGCGCAGCGCUCGUGGCCCCCCUUGAUAAUCGUCCUGUGUAUAAGGAGGUGUGUUGUGCCUCAAGAUCGUGUGUAUAUAUCCAUACAUGUCUUAUGUGCAUCAUGGCUUGUGUGUGUGUACUAAAAGCCGUCGCAAACUGCGUAUGGACCUCAUUGCCGU